CGUAAAUGUGAAUACAAAAGGCUGUUUCUAGCAGCUCACGUUUUUUUUAAUGACGUAUCACGUUAUUCACGUAUGCCCUAAAGCUUGUAAACAUUAAGAAACAAAGCAUACUCUCUCACUCUCAGAGUCUCAGUGCAACUGCCAACUCAGCAAAUAUUUCAAAAUUAUGUGAAAAAGAACUUAAAUCAUGGAGAAGCACAGCACAAUGUUAGGACAGAAUACCUUAAGAUAUUUUAGUUUGUUCAUAUUGACUUUACAGACCACUGUGACAGUACUGGCCAUGCGCUAUUCUCGCAAACAGACAGAAGGAGGGAAAGAGUUAUACAUCGCCACUACUUUGAUUCUUGUUUCAGAGUUAAUCAAAUUUGCAUUCUGUCUGAUUCUGCUCCUCGUCCAGAAAUCUUGCUCAGUGAAACACCUUUUCAAAGCGUUAGUGUCUGAAGUUAUUUACAAGCCAUCUGAAACCGCCAAACUUGCCAUUCCUAGUUCAUUGUACACAAUUCAAAACAACUUGAUUUUGUUGGCACUGUCCUCCCUUGAUGCAGCAACUUUUCAAGUUACUUAUCAAUUGAAAAUUUUGACUACAGCCUUUUUUUCUGUGUUGCUACUACGCAAAGAAAUUAAGGCAUUUCAAUGGUUGGCUCUCUUAAUUUUAAUGGGUGGUGUUGUGCUUGUUCAGUUCCCCUCUGAUGGGAAACAAACAGAAGCUAACAAAGCUUUAAGCAACCCGCACAAACAUUUGAUUGGUAUGUUAGCAGUAAUUGCCUCAUCUCUAUCAAGUGGAUUUGCUGGUGUCUACUAUGAGAAACUCUUAAAGGAAAGUGCUCAGCCAUCUGUAAUCAUCCGAAAUAUUCAGCUGGGAAUUUUUUCAAUUGUUUUUGGAGCUGCUGGAGUUAUUAUAAACGAUUGGGAGAAAGUAGCCCAGCGUGGGUUUUUCGAUGGAUACACUCCUGUCGUUUGGCUCGUUAUUAUGCUCCAGGCAAUGGGUGGUUUGGUUGUAGCGGCUGUUAUCAAAUAUGCUGACAACAUUUUAAAAGGCUUUGCGACGUCCGUCUCUAUCAUUUUAUCUUGUCUCUGUUCCUACGUCUUCCUCCACGACUUAAAUCUAGAUUUGACCUUUGUUCUUGGAACCGGACUAGUCAUCCUGGCAACUUUUAUAUACGGAAUUCAGUCACAUCCUGCGCCAUUCGUUAGCAGUAGUAGCAGCACAAAUAGUACCCUCGUCGAUGAAGACGAAAGCGAUGAUAUUAGUCGUUCGUCGUACGUCAAGGUAAAUAACGAUCGAACUUAUCAAAAGCUUUCCAGCACAAUUUAAACCUCGUCCAGUCGGAUUUCUAUGUAUGGUUGCCGCUAAAGUGUUCGUUUACAGUACGUCCCCUUUGUUAUUUAAUUAUUUAAUUGAACUUGCUUAGCUCGUAAAGCUCAAACCAAGCCCUCGAUUUUUCACAUCUGAUUCCCUGUUUGUGGUAUUAUUGUAACGUUUUUUUUAAAUCUAAAAAUUCGGAUUUGUUUAUAGUAAGUCCCUUCCCUCCACAUCAAAAGUAUUUGUAUUUUUUUUUCCUUUUUUAAGUUUUGUCUUAGUUGAUUUUUUUUUGCGAUUAAUGCAAUAAAUGUUUAGUUUAAAUUCCACCUAAGCUAAUUAUCUUAGAAACAUAUUUGAA